GGAAUCUGUCCUUAGAGGAUAUAUUUUCCUCCUCCUUAUCCAGUACCAUGCUGGCCAACACAUUACAGCCCCCACAAUGCAACUGUAGAGAACCAACUCCUGAUCCGGUUGCAGAGAGGUUUGUACAGCUGGGAUGUCUGGGCGGCGGAGGCUAUGGGACGGUCUAUGCUGGAUACCGCAGAGAAGACAACCUACCUGUGGCUAUAAAACGUGUCCCCUUGGCCAAAGUGUUACGCAUACCUGUGACUCAGGAUGGACAGCAGGUGGAGUAUCCCUUGGAGGUGGUAUUAUUGCGGAUCGUGGGAGGUAGGGGUGAGGCUACGGGGGAGGGUUUGGGUGAAGUUGUCCCUCCCCCCCGUGCUGCGGUGGCCCUGCUGGACUGGUUUGAGCUGGAUCAGGAGUUGGUCCUGGUUCUGGAAAGACCAGUUCCCAGCAUGGACCUCUAUGACUACAUCCAGAUGAGAGGGGGGACGCUGCAGGAGGAACACGCCAGGAUCAUCCUGAGACAGCUAGUUGAAGCGAUGAGAGAGGUCCAUUCCAGAGGUGUUCUCCAUCGUGACAUCAAACCAGAGAACGUUCUAGUAGAGACCGGUUCCACCUCGCCUCGGAUCAGGGUUCUAGACUUUGGCUGCGGCUGCAUUCUCAGAGAUGGGCCCUACACCGAGUGUUACGGCACAUCCCAGUACACCCCUCCAGAGUGGUUUCUGAGAGAGUCGUAUCGUGCUGGUCCCUCCACUGUGUGGCAGCUGGGGGUGCUGCUAUAUGACGUGCUGUGUGGGGACCAGCCCUUCAACACACGACGAGAGAUCAUCUUUGAAGAGCCUUACAUCAAGGACGAACUGUCCAGACACUGUGUGGAUCUGUUGAGGAGGUGUCUGGCCAAGCGACCCCGAGGACGGCCUACUCUGGACGGGAUGUUACUCCACCCCUGGCUCCAGCCACAGUGAGCCAGUAGUGAGCCAGACACCCCACCCCCCCCCUGGCCAGACCUGCAGCCUGUCACCUGAACUCAACUCAACCAAUCUUCACUCUGGACAUAAACAUCGAUUUUUAACCGUCUUUGAAAAGUAACUCCUUCAACGUGAAUAUAUAAACUUUGAACAAAUAUCACACUUUUAUUAUUCAUGAUUUGUAACUCCAUCACCUUUGUUUAAGACACAUAUUUUACACGCAGACAAACACACACACCAUGAGACUGUUAAA